CUCCAGCGACCAGUUGGCGUAGUCGGCCGAGUCGUACGCGGCGGAAGGAUCGUCUCUCAAGCCCGACGACAUCCUGCUUCAAAUUUGGAAUACAAACAAAAAACAAAGAAGACAUGACGCAAACCCCAGAAAGAAAGAAAAGAAAAACAAAACGCCGUCGUCGUCAUUGACUUUUUCGAUUAGCCGAAGUGGAGUUCCUUUCAUUUCAAAUGUUAUUUGUUAUUUGAUUUGAUUGAUCGCAAUCUGCCGGCUUGCGCCAAAUGCAAACGUGCGUACUUACGUGAGAGCAGCGCUGCGUACGCGUGGAGCGGUGCCGCCCGACCUCGCUCGCCGAGUCGGGCCGGGACGUUUGUGUCAUCUUCCGUCUCGUCUUACGGCCAAUCGGGACGCGGCUGCGUAGCGUGACCCGGCGUUCGCCGACCUCCGACCUCUGGAUGUUGUGAAAGUCGAGCCCGCGUUCGACCUUGGAGACGAGCCGCCGCGGUGGCCGCACCCAGCUAGCGUUCUACCGCAAAAGACGCACAAUGAAACUGGCUCGUGUGUACUUUGUGUGUAUUUUUGUGUGCGUGUUUUGGUCACGUGACCCAGGGCGUUUACGCGGGUUCGCGGAAAGUUUGGCUUCUUUUUGUGUUUUUAUUUUCGUCAGCCGUCUUUCAGUAAGACGCCGACACGACGCUUCCUGCCGCCGUUAGCGGCACGCUAACAUCCUGCGCUUGAAAAAGUGUGUUUGUGUGCGUGUGUGUUUUGUCUCAGUGAGUUUGUGCGUUUCUGUAUGUGAACGUCUCUAAAUGUGUGUGAGAGAGAUGGUGUAUCUGGGUGUGCGCUUAAUGAGGGAGGAAGUCCCUAAAGAGGUCGUCGGGGUCUCCGAGGGCCAACAGGAAGCCGAGGUGCCGCCUUCGCCCACAUUGACGCCACUUUGUCCUGCUCUCUUCCGCUGUGCCCUUUUUACCUCUGCCAACGCCUCACAUGAGAAGUGAUGCCGUGAACAUUCGCGUCCCUCGAGUCAGUUGAAGGGGGGGCUUCGGUUGACACGCACGCAACACACGCAAACAUGCGCACGCAGACGCACGGGCCCAAACACAUCCGCACGCAUAGGCGGCAAAGAGGGCGGGGCUUCUCCCGCCGCGGCGCCGCCCCUGAAGCUCCCACGGGCGGUCCGAGACGAUCGCUGUCAAAGCGACGGCGAUUCCCUCUCUGCCGUGUGUCCAGAUGGCGUCGGCGCUGCUCCCCGCGGUUCUCGUCACGGGUAAGUACGAGCGGGCGCCGCGUCGGGAUUCGGCACGUCUCGUUCGCUUCUUCGUCGCCUCCGCAGGUUUGCUGAGUGUGCUGACGCGCCAGCAGACCGAGGAAAGCUUCCCGGACCAAACCACCGUCCGGAGGAUUCCGGAAGCGACCGCCGAGUGGCACCGAACCGACCCGCCGGGGAAGCAAGGCGGGCGUCUGCCGGAAGACGAGCUGAACCAAGUGCAGCGGGAAAACGUGGUCACCGAAGAUGACGAGAACUUUCAGGAAGCGGAGGACCGGGAGCUGCGCCACGAGUUUUGUCGCGCGGACGUGUUGGCCGACUUGAGCGUCGCCGUUUGCGCUUCGGCUUUUGAGCAGAAGAUGGCGACGAUGGAGGCGGACGCGCGCUGCGUUGUCGACGACAUCAUCGGGCCCUACAACCAGUUGAGCGUGUGCCUGGAGCAACUGUCGGACCGGUCCGGAUGCUUCUACCCCAACGCCGCCGUCCACUCCGCCUUCCUGCGCGUCCACUCCGCCUUCUUCGGCCGCUGCGCCGACCGGGGCCGAGAGCGCCGCCCGGAGGACGCGCCCGGAGGGGCGGUGGCUGUCCUCACGCUGGCGCCCGUCGCCCUCAUCCCGCCGCUGGUCUACGCCGUCGCACGGAGGAGCGGACGCCGAUAAACGCAAAAAAGACGUCGCCGACGUGUCGUCAAUAAAAAGAAGGCAUCCGA